AUGGAUUAUGCUAACAGCAGUCUUGAUCCUGAGGUUCUUGAGUUCUAUCGUCCAAACAGGUCAAAGCACAUUCGUUGCCAUUCUCAUCAUCACACACAUCAGUUUGUCCAUCCCAGGCGCCCUCACAAUUCCCAGCCCGUUAACCAGACACAACUGUCAAUAACACCAUACAACAAAAAUUCUAAUUAUGCAACUCCUAACAUUCAUCAUGGGAACAUGGCAAAUUUUCAUCACCACCGACCUCAGCUCCAGCCCCAUGUUGCUCAUAAACAGCAUACGGAGCAUUAUCACUAUCAUCUAAAUCAAAAUGCAUACAGGUCUUCUGUGAGUCCUCAAAAUCUCGGGAGUACUUGCGGGGGAAGUGUAAAUGCACUCACAUCAACUAGCGGUGUUAGCAGUAAUUCUGGUAGUUUGUGUACUAGCAGCAGCUCUCAUUCAAGCCACAAAUCUGGCACUAGUCUUCGUGCAGUAGAUCUUAUUCCUUUAUUGAAGAAAAAAAUCGCACUUUUACCUGGUGGUAGGUCGAGAAGAGGCGGACCCUUAUUAUGUUUUCCUUCCAAUUCACGGGCUGAUGAAAUCCCCAUUGAAGACUUGUAUGUCCUCGUCAGGUAUCUCACUUACCUCCCUGACGACAAAGUCAAGAGGUUGGGGUUUGUAGUGAUAAUCGAUAUGCGAAGUGGGACUACUUGGCACAGUGUCAAACCAAUUUUGAAAGUACUAGAAGAAUGUCUUGGUCAAGAUGUAACCUUGACUUUCAUAAUUAAACCUGAUAAGUUCCUUGAGAAACACAAAGCUCAGCUGGCGAGUGGAAAGUUCAGUUUUGAAAUACAAUUAGUGUCUGUGGAGUCUUUGUUUCGUGAAGUUGAUCCUAGCCAGUUAACUUCUGAAAUGGAGGGAAGUCUUCCAUAUCAUCAUGAAGAGUGGAUCAAAAUUCGUUGCUGUCUCGAGGAAUUCUUUUUAUUUGCAAAUGAUAUGUCAGACAAGUUUGGUCAGCUUUAUUGUUUUUUGGAUAGAAAACCCAAUCCAGAAUCUGUUGACGAAGCUAAACGUGCUUUAGAAGAGCACAGAUCAGUACGUCUGAAGAUUGUUCAAGCUCCGGUCCCAGCUCUUGAAGCAGAAGCUGAUCGAUUAACAUCAUGGUUACGUUAUGGUAUAACUGCAUCACAAUCUAGUGCCAAUGCGUCCUCUGUGAAUUCUAGUUCUCAAACAUGUUCUAUUACUACUGCAUCCGGUGGUGGUGCAUCUUUUCUUGCAACAUCAUGGGUAUCUAUGAAUCCUGAUUUCCAGCAGUUAGUUCCUCAGGUUCGGCAUACCGUCUCACAACUUUAUGAAUUUCGUACUCGUCUUCAACAGAAAUGGGAAGCUGGUAGAUCACGAUUAGAACAAAUAUAUCAACUACGGUUAUUUGAUGAAGAUGCUAGAGGAAUGUCUAAUUGGAUAGACCAACAGCGUCAUUUGUUUCUCACAGAGUAUUUAGAUAUUGGUCAAACAGCGUCACAUGCUGCUGAUCUACACGCUGAACACCGACAAUUUCUUUCCAAGUGUAGUAGUGUCCGAGAACAAGUUGCUCGUCUAACAGGAGUUGCUGGGAUGUUAGCUGAUACUGGUCAUUUUGCUAGUCAACAAAUUUUAAAACAGGCUAACCAAUUAGAACAUGAAUGGAAAUCGUUUACUGCAGCAUUAGAAGACCGUUCUCGUGUUUUACAACUAUCAGCCAGUUUUCAUGCAAGAGCUGAAUCAUUCUUAGCUAAUUGUCCACACUGGGAAAGUGCUAUGCGUCAAGUCAAUGGUACAUCUGUCCAUGAAUUAAAUCAAGCUUUGAUCACAUUACAAGAAUAUUGGCAAGAAGCACAAUCUGCUCAUGAAGAAGUUUGUGCUGAUGGUCGAGCACUUGCUAAUCAUUUAAGUUCACCUGUUCCUACCGGAUCGCAUACAUCUUUAACAGCUGCUGUCGACUACUCACAAGGUCGAAAACAUUGUACAGAUCUUGUUCACGAGAUUUGGGCUUGGUUUAAACAAUUAGAACGUGUUUUCGGUGAACGUCGACGUCGUCUUACAUCACGCUUAGCAUUAUUAAUGUUUAAAGAAGAUGUUGGUCAAGUGUUAGCUUGGUUAACCGAACAUGGAGAACCAUUUUUACAGCGCCAAACAUCUGUAGGCAAAUCUAUUCAACGAGCAGAACAGUUAUAUAGUGCACAUAUGCAAUUUGAACAGGUUGCUGCUAAUACAUUAACUAAUGCAGAAAAAUUGAUAUCAGCUGCGGAUGAAUUAGCAGCUCAAGCAGAUGAUCCAGAGGAAAUAUUACAGGAUGCAAGUGAACUACAACAUCGUAUUUCAGCUUUUACACGUGCUGUUGAAGUUCGUAGAGAAACUUUAGAUCUAGGUUGUGGCUUUUAUUCACAUACAAAAGAAGCAUUAGCUUGGCUUCAUAAUGCACGUGAAACACAUAAUCCAGGUGAACACUUACCUGCUUCAAUUGAAGGUAUGGAAGAUGAAUUGACAAGUUUUCAUCGUAAUCGUGCAACUAUGGAAAAGGAUGUAGAUCGUGCUUUAGCAGAAGGUGAAGCUUUAAUAGCUAGACUGAAAGAUUCUGAAGAAAUUGCUCAUUUACGUACUGUUUUAAAUCAAGUCUCGAAUGAACGAACAACUGUUUCUACACUGUUAACAGAACGUCAAGUACGCCUGGAUUUAUGCCUUCAACUUAGAUUAUUUGAAGCGGAUGUUCAUUCAGCGUUAGAUUGCCUACGUCAUAAUAUUCCAUCUUUAUCUAAUUUAAAUCAAUCGACCGAUGUUAAUUCCAUUCAUCAAAAUAACAAUUCUACAACUAAUCGUUAUUUUUGGUUAGCUGAUCCUAGACAAGCACCAGAUAUGGCUGCUAUUGAAGAGGUGUUAAGUUCUUGUCUAUCUGUUUUACCAACAGCUGAAGAAGUUCUAAAUAAAGGUAGUGAACUAGCUAGAGCAUUUGAAUCAGUUGGAGUUAAUUUUCCUGCAGGUGGCCCAGGUUCUAGUGAUUCCGGUAUGGGUGAUAGUGCAGAGACUGCUGUAGAACGAGUUCAUCGUUUAAUGACUGAACUUGCUGAUGUUGUAACAUCAGUUGAUGUAUUGAAUGAACGGUUAAAUGGUGAAUUAGACUGGCGUCGUCUUCAGUUACAAAGUAGACAGGUAUUACAUUGGAUAGGUCAGUGUGAAAGUAUUUUACAUCAGACUGCUGUUAUUCCAUCUAGUUUAACUGAAGCAGAAACUCUUUAUGCUGAUCAUGAAAAAUUUCAACCAGUUUUAAAUGAUGCUCAUCCUCAAGCGGUUCAAUGUGCUGCACGUGCAAGUUAUUUUUUACAACAGACAACAUUGAAUAAUACAUCAACAGGAAAUACAAAUUCAUCAAAUAAUGAACAUCCAAGACGAAAAGAUUAUCAAUCUGUUGCUGAAACAGUAGCAAAUCGAUGGCAAAAAUUAGUUUAUGCUGCUGAAGAACGUCAUAAAUUAUUGAUUUCUGCAACUAAUUGGUAUCGAACAUCGGAUCAAGUGACUUCAGUUUUAUGGUCUCUAGAAAAAGAAUAUCGUCGUGAAGAGGAUUGGUGCCAAAAUGAAAAAGCUAUAAAUAGUGGUGAUCCUACAAGUUAUUUAGCUCAAUUAUCAUCAAAACAUGCUGAACAAAAAGAAGCAUUCUUAAAAGCUUGUAUGUUAGCUAGGCGUACAUCUGAUUUGUUUAGUAAAUAUUUACAUCGUCAACCAACUAGUACUACAGGACGUAUAGAAGUUGAAGAGAAAAUUCGAUUAGCUAUGACAGAAUUAAUGGCUAAAGAAAAAGCUGUUCUAGAAGCAUGGGCUGUUCGACGUAGACGUUUAGAUGAUUGUACUUAUUUUAUGAAUUUAAAGCGUCAGAUUGAAGAUCUUCUCGAACGUGUACAUAAUGUUCAAGAGUCCGUUAUUAGUAAAUCAAGCGGAUUUUCUAAUUCAAUGUGUCUUUCAAAUAUUAAUCCUUCACUUAUGCAAGAAGUUUAUAGAGCAUGUGCAAGUUUAGAAUCUAUGAUCGCUUCUUCCUCUCCUUUGUCUCCUGGUCAUGCGACUCAAAUGGAAUCACUUUUACAACGUCUUCGUUUAUGUGAUACACAGUCGAAUACUUCUUCAACUGUAAGUGGUAAAGGAUUUAAGGAUUCCCAAAAAUCGGAUCAUCAAUCUUCUGAGUUGAAAAAGAGUAUCACUACUCCGUCUUCCAAAGUUGAUGUACAACCUGGAUUUAAAUCACUUGAAGUGGAACCUGAUAGAACAUCUGUAUCAAGUACAAGUAGUUCUGGUACUGGUGGUAGUACAGGUACAAGUAUGACAAAUGAAUCUUAUUUAGUAUCAUCUGCAGCUGCAGCUUCUGGAACAACACAAGAACAGCGUAGAUUAGCACGUCGACGUGAAAAUCUUCUACGUGAAUUAAUUCAAACUGAACGUCUUUAUAUACAAUCAUUAGAACAAUGUAUAGAUACUUAUCGUAAAGGUUUAGUAUCUCCACCUAAAAUGUUAACUGCUCAAGUUCCAUCUGGGCUUAUUGGUCAAGUGGAUACUGUAUUUGGUAAUAUACCUCUUAUAUAUGAAUUUCAUAAACAAACAUUUGAACCAGAACUAGCUAAAUACACUGAAAGUGGAGAUUUCUUACCAGAAGAUGUUGGACAUUGUUUUGUUGUGCAUAGUGAUCGAUUAGCUGAAUUAUAUGUAGAAUAUUGUGUAAAUAAUACUGAAUCUACUAGGUUAAUUAUUGAGCAUGGACAAAGUUAUUUUCAAUCUUUACAAUUAUAUUUCAAUCUUGUUGAACCUUUACAAUCAUAUCUUAUUAAACCGGUUCAACGUGUUACUAAAUAUCAGUUGUUAUUACGUGAAUUACGCGAUUGUUGUGAUCCAGCUGGAAUUGGUGAAAUUAGUGAAGGUCUAGAAGCUAUGCUUAAUGUACCGAAACGUGCUAAUGAUGCAUUGCAUUUAAGUAUGCUACAGAAUCUUCCAGAAGAUGUUCCUCUCUCAUCUUUAGGUGAUGUAAUUUUACAAGAUCAGUUCACUAUUUGGGAACCGAAACAAUUGAUUAAGAAAAGUCGUGAACGACGAGUAUUUCUUUUUGAUCAUUGUUUAAUAUUGGCCAAAGAAGCGACUAAUCAACCAGGUGAACAUAAAUCCAAGUAUAUUUAUAAAUCACGGCUAUUAUUAGCUGAUUGUAAUAUUACUGAACAUAUCGAAGGCGAUCAAUGUAAAUUUGCUCUAUGGACUGGUCGUAUUCCACCGAUUCAUGAAUAUCGUAUGGUAUUAAAAGCUGGUACACUUGAAUUGAAACAAAAUUGGGUUCGUGCUUUACGUGAAGUGAUGCGUGAACGUGUAUUCAGUGUACAAAGUUUAUAUCAACAUCAAAAUCCAAAUGCGAAUUCAACAAAUUUAUUUGAUGAUUCUACUGAAACUUUGGAUACUUUCUAUAUCCUUGAAAAUUAUCAGGCUGAAAAGGAUAAUGAAAUUUCUGUAUCAGCACACCAAAUUGUUCAAUUAUUGCACCGAUGCGAUGAACCAAUUCUACCUUCUACUGAAAAUAACGAUAACGAGAGUAGUAAUAGUAGUAUUGUAAAAUAUGAUCCAAACGGUACUGGGGAUUGGGCUUUCAUUCGUAUCAUUGUGCGUAAUACAACUACAUCAACUAAUUCACCAACUAGAGAAGGUUUUAUUCCAUCACGUCUUAUUGGAGCACCUUGUAGUCGUAAAUCUUCUACAUCAAGUUCACGACAGUCAUCAAGUGUGCGGCGUGGAAGUACAUCUGUUCGAAAAUGGUUACCUUCCGGAGUCGGUACUGGUCGUCGUAGUACAGGUGCUUCAGCUAACAAUGCUGGUGUAACUCCUGGUAAACGUGGAUCGAAAGUGGAUAUUAGUCAAUCUCAGGUACUUAACGCACCUUAUCCUGUUACCACAUCAAACGCAAAUGAUCAAACUAAUAAUGAACAACAACCAAAACCACUUGAAAUAGGUGGUUUACUACUGGACAAUGUAUCUGAAGAAAGUGUCGAUGUAGAGUUACCACCACCGAUGAAUGAAAUACAACCUCCACUUCGACCUAAUGUACCUGAAUUAUUAGAUACAAAAACGAUGAAGGAGGUUGAGAAUAGUGGGACUGAUUGUGCCGGCGAUAAUUUCCUGUUGGAUGAUGUUGCUAUAACUAGUAAUAAUUGUCGAUCAGAUCUGGCGCAAAUCAGUAACAACAGUAUUAGUAACAAUUCUGAAAAUGAAGUUCAACACGAAAAACUUAUUAAAACUGUGCAUCGUUUGGCGACUACAGUUGCUGAAGUAGCUGGUGACGGUCAAACACAAUUAGGUGAUGUUCCACAAUUAAUUGGUUUACCUGGUGGUGCAAAUUUAUCUGGUAUAGGGAAUUUACGUUUACAUGGUGGACUUAAUGUUGCUACUAAACUUGUUGCCGGUUCAUCAAAGUCAUCUAUACCAAUGAUUCAUUCCACUGCUGGUUCACCAGAUUUAUCAACUAAUAGUACUAGUAGUGCUACUAGUAGUUCACAUUUUCUCGGUCAAGAUGAAGAACUUUUAUUGGAUAUACUUGAAGAGGGCGUGGAAUUACACUUUGUCACUAGGCAUCUAUUCUUAUAUGAUCAUGCUUUGAUUAUCGCCGAUGCAGCUAUGGAAUUAACCACCACCACCACCACCAGUACACUACCUGAAAAUAGUAGUAGCUUGAAUGGAAACAAAUCACUGAAUGAUAAUAAUGAACAAUAUAAACCGAAAUUACAGUGUCGAUUUCGACAUGCAUUACCUAUUAGUCAGAUAUCAGUUUUGGAGGACGUUGGAGUCGGUGGUUCACGUCCUACUGGUGAUCAAUUGUUAUGGUUUUGUUUAUCCGAACGAACACGUUAUUUAGGUUCACCAUUUGAAUCGUCAAUUGCUGCUGCAUCACCGCCUCAAUCACAUUUAUGUUAUAUUAUAGCGCCAAAAUCUCCAGAUUCUCGUAUUCGUUGGUUAAGUGAACUAACAUCAAUGAUAUUAGAAGCUAGACGUUUAUCUCAAGCAUAUCUUAUGAAUAAUGCAUCUUUUGGUUCUGGUGACCCUAAUGGAGGUUGUUCUACAACAACAACAGGUCAAAUUAAAUUACCUGGAGCAACACUUUAUCCUAGUGGUGUGUUAUUUGACACAGGUUCUCUAGAACUGCCUAAAUCAGGUCGAUAUAAAAUUGUUAAUCAAGAUUCACUCAAGAAUUCAACACGUUAUCAUCCUACUAUAUCAGUAGAUCAAUUAUCUUCUGGUAUUAGCAAUUUAACAAUGAAUCAAUCAAUGCUACCUACAUGUUCCACAUCAUCGUUACAACAACCAGGUCCAUUGUUACAAUCAACAAAUUCACAUAUUGUAUGAUGUAAUUGUUUUUUUCAAAAGUCAUAAGUCUUCCGUUUUCUUCUGUCUGUCUGCAUAUAUAUUUAUAUCUCCCAACCUCGCACUCCUCUCUAUAUCCUGUGUCUCAUUUCUUAUUCAUUUAUGUAUGUUUUUUUGUCUUAUUCAAAUGCUAUGAAUUACCGUCGAUAGUGAUAAAUGAUUUAUGCCAGUGAACAACUAUCUAUACAUUUCAAUUCAUAUAUUCAGACGAUGAGAGAGACAGAGUUAAUCAUGAAACGUAUGACAUUUAUCCUUCUUGAUGUUAGUUUUCUUUCUCACGAAAAUUUCCUAUAAAACCCUACUAUAUCACUAAUAAUCGUAAUACUACUACUACUACUACUACUAC